AUGAAGACUAUCACAAAAUUUGGUCCUUGCUAUAAAGGUCUAGUCAAGGAGUUUGUGGUGACCAUUCCUGAUGGGUGUGAUGAUGUAAAGAGUGAAGACUAUAGGAAGGUGUAUGUUAGAGGAAAUGUAGUGACAUUUUCUCCUGCUGUAAUCAACAAGUUUCUGGGAAGGACUAAAGAACCUCAGGUUGAACUAGAGGUUACAGAUGACCCAGUGUGCAAGGAGAUAACUGCCAAGCAGGUGAAACACUGGCCAAACAGAGGAAAGUUGUCAUUCGGGAAGCUAAGUGUCAAGUAUGCAAUCCUUCAUAGGAUUAGGAUUGUCAACUGGGUGCCUACAAAUCAUACUUCAACCAUCUCUACUAGGCUUGAGAAGUUUAUAUAUGCUAUUAGAACAAGAAGAGCAUUUGAUUUUGGGAAGUACAUUUUUGAACAAGUUCUGAAGCAGGCCUUCUCAACUGCUGUGAAGAUGCCUAUCUUCUUUCCAUCACUCAUCUAUGGGGUAAUCGUAAACCAACAUCCUAGAAUCUUCAUGCCUAUUGAUAGUUUAAAGAAAAGGGAAUAUCAUUUAUCCCUCCAUUACAAAUUGUUUGCUGCAACACAUGUUCCAGAUAUUAUCAUGACAUCUUCUCAGGUACCUGGCCCUACCACUUCCAAGGAGAGCGUUAUUACUCAACUGAAGGAGACAUGCAAAGAAUUGUAUGAUUCCAUCCGGUCUAACACUGCUACAAAGAUAAAGCUUGAAAAAUUGAUCAAGAAUUUGAUGGAUGAAGAGGAAAAGGAAGCUGAACAUAUUGGUGAUGAAAAUGUUGGAGUUGAUAUAGAGGACUUUGCUGGUGGCAAUGAUGCUAAGAAUGAUGAAGAUAAAGAAGCUGAAUGA